CCCGCCCCGCCCCGCCCCGGCCCGGCCCGGCCCGGUUCUCCGCGUUGCCGGGGCAGCGGGUCGCGGAGCGUGGCAGGAGAAUCCAGAUGAGAAAGCCACCUGCCAGGUCCUUGUGACUGGACACCAUGCCUCUUCCAGAAACCAUGUUUUGUGCUCAGCAGAUCAAAAUCCCCCCGGAGCUACCUGAUAUUCUGAAGCAAUUUACUAAAGCUGCUAUUAGGACUCAGCCUUAUGAUGUUUUGCAGUGGGCAGCUGCGUAUUUUUCAGCCUUGUCUAAAGGUGAACCCCUUCCUGUGAAGGAGAGGAUGGAAAUGCCUUUAGCAACAGAGAAAACAGAUGCUGGUUUGACCCCAGGACUCCUUAAGGUCUUGCACAAACAGCUUUCUUCCAAAGGCAUGGUGACCAUUGCAGACCUGAGGGAAAAAUGGAAGCAUUUGGGCUUGCCAGAGGAGCAGCUGGAAGCUAUCCUGCAGCUGGACAGUUUUGGCGAGGAGGUGGAAUGGAUGAAGAUUCUGGCACUUGGGUGCAGCGUGCUUGGUGGGUCCUUACUGAGUUCAAUGAAACAGGCCUGCGAAAUCCUAACAAGAGACCCAGAAGGCGGAGCAGCUCGAAUUCCCUUCGAAACGUUCUCAUUCCUUUAUUCAUAUUUGGCUGGUAUUGAUGGGGAGAUAUCAGAGACAGAAACUAAAGCAUUCCUUCAAGGAAUUAAAGAACAAGCGGACCAACACUCUGGCAUGGUGCUCAUCAGACACUUCCUGCCAUACUCCUUCAUAUUUUAUUGAUCAACCCUACUCUCCAGCAUGAGGUGGGAAGGGAAAAAAAAUGAAGGAAUAAGUAAGUUCAAGAACAUAAUUUGUGUUCAAAGUACCAUAAUUUGCACAUUUCAGAACAACAUGAUCCUCUUCUCUGGCACUUCCUUUUCUUUGUCCUACUCUUGAGAUAGCCCUUCAGGGGAUGUCAACUGAAGACAUGGUUAUACUGUUCUCCUGCGUCUCAAAUACUGAUGGCCACCCCUAGGGUGUGACCCCUUCACUUUUCUGCUUAUAUUGAGCAAAAGUUGUUUUGCUACCGAGCUUUCUACCUACACUCUGUAAGUGAUUGUUAAGUAAAACAUGGAAUUCAGUUAAGACUGGGCAGCUGUAACUGGAGCAUUUCUCAUUAUGUUUCUGGUAGCACUGACAUCAUUUUGACUCUGGCACAAAUACAGCUGGUCCUUAGACUCCUUUGUCUGCCUGGACAUCCUCUAUUUAAACAAAGCGUUUUACCAAGCCCUACUGAAAGAACUUAAUGAGAAUCCUGUGGCUGAGCUGGUAAACAAAACCAAUGCAAGGGCUGCAAUGGUUCCAUGUUGUUUUCCCUCUAAUUAGAGCCCUUUCAGAACUUAAAACUUUUUUUCAUUUUUGUAUAAACUUGUCUAAUAAAGAUGUUUUAAAACAUGUCUUGUUUUCUGACAGGAAAAGCUACUGCAUUUGUCACGUAGGUGAGGAAUCCCUGACACAGAGUUGUUUGGUUGGACUGCUGUAGCAGGUAUAGAAGCAUAAAUCCACCAGAACUAGACCAAGUAUUUAGUGACAGACAAUCACACUUAAUUGCAGAAACAACUAAGGUAUGAAAGAGGAUACUAGUGGCUACAGUAAAACUGGAAAGAUUCCCUUUGACUGAAAAGGCCACAACCAGGAGCAACAUAGAGUGCCCUCUCCUGGCACAUUGAUCAAACAGAAGUAUUUAGGAAAGAUGGAUCUGCAAGCUUAUUCUUUUAUAGUUGCUUACUUUGUUGAGGCAAGAAGCUUGGUUGCUGAUGACUGAUCUUGCUGAAGUAGACUGUGUGAGGAAUUAACAGAACUGCACGUCCUUAAUAUGUACCUGCAUGUUUUAAGUCUGUUUUAUCAACCUCUAUCACAAAUAUUUGUAUGAUAGUCCACAGGACGGGAAGUCGUCCUAGUUAUUGCUGGAAGGAAAUGCACCUGGUGUUUGAAUAUGGUACUCAGCAAUAGCCCAAGUGUCCUUGGUGCCUCCCCCCUAGCUUCUGUGGAGACCUACAUUCUCAUCACCUUUGCCAGAUGAUAUUGAGCCGAACUUUCUUUGAGCAUUAGCUCGGGAACACUAACUUUUGUGUUACUGUCCAUUUAACAGCAGCUGCAGUUGAAGAUGUUUUAGCCUGUUGGAGAAUUCUGAAAUCUGCCCUCUGGUACGUGCUGUAAUUAGGCAAUGUCACCUAGAGGUGACAGUGUUAGGUAGGAGGAGGAGCACUCUUCAUGCCUCCGCUGUUCGUAACUCCUCUGGACUCCAGGGAUUAGCUCUGUUCGUUGUCCACUAGGGGGCAGGAAGGCCAAUAAAUACAACCUCUCAUAGAUUUUAUUCUUCAGCCUUGUCAGACUAAACUCAAACACAUGAGAGAUCAAUACAAUUUAUUAACAGAUGUAUAAAUGUUACAGAUUUACACAUUUUCUGAAAUCUACUGCUUCCAUCCUGACAAUCAUUGAAACUUUUUUGUCUCCGAGCAGCACAGGUGUGAUGCAACACCAAUAUUAUGUGCACACCUUUACUGUCUCGCGCAAAACAGCAGUAACUAUAGUUCUUGUGCAAGUUAUAUUUUGAACAGCUGAUAAAAAAAAAAAAACAUCAGAUUCUUGUUUCUACUUUCUUCUUUUAUGGUUGUGAUACUUGUCUUCAUCCCUGAAACAAAAGCAUAAACAUUGUCUGGGCUGUUAGUCUCGGAGUGACAGAGUCUGAAGAGAAAAAGCAACUUGGAAAAUGGAAAGCUCUCAUUAAAUGUAGUCAUGUCCUCCUCUAAGGAAAGAAAGUAAACUGCUUUUGGACAUUUAUUUUCCAUGCUGCUUUAAUCAAAGCCUUGUCAAGCAGUGUCAGAGUGGCAAUUAGUUUAGGAUGAAUGGCAUCACAGUGUAAUGAAGCCAGCUUCGAGACAAGCCAUCACUGCCAUCCACGCAGUUAUGUAAUGCAUUUACCCAAACACAUGAGGGACAAGACAGCAUUUCUUCUGCACAGCAGUCUUCAUCUCUGCUCAAACACAGGUCCCACACACCUGUGGUCCUGCAGAUGUUGAUGGUAUUAGAAGGUGUGGCCUAGAUUUGUUUUCUUUUGCUAAAUUGUAUUUAGUACUGAAGAGUGACAGCAUUGUUUUGAAGCAUCUAAUACAGAAAGGCUAGUGUAUGCGUAUUAGUGAAACAAAAAAUCCUAUUUAUUAAGGUCUAGAGCAAACUAGAGCAGAAAUCAGCAUGAAACAUAACAGGCACUUAGCUGUGGAUGAGGAACUGUCCAUUUAACCAUGUUGAUCAAGGAGCAAAAUAAAUAGCCUGUUACACUACUGUUGCAGUCCUGCAGCAUGCUGCAGAAAGUGCCAGCUUUCAGAUGUGAGAGUAAAUUCUGAAGUCUGGAUCACAGUUUAUGACCUCACAGCAUGUUUUGUUUAGUAUUAAUAGCCUCACACCACUGGCUUGUCAUACUGCACGUGAGGUUAGCCUAGCUUUUUAGUUGGACUAGAUAUUCUCAAUCUCUGCACUAAAUUCUCACAGACUGAUUCAGAAGCUGGAGUCAGCUGUCACUAUGUCUGCUCACCUCUCUCUUUUUCUCCGAGAGUCUCUGUCUUUGCCUCUCUCACGACUCCUUCUUCGUUUACUUGGACUCCUGCUGGUGUCUCUCCUGUGUCUUGUGCAUUCCGUAUCCUUACUGCUUCCCCCAGACUGCCGGGAAUCCACUGAAGCCGACCGCCUGUCUUCCCUUCUGAAACUUAGUGAUUUUAAUCAAUAAAAAUAGUUUCACAGUCA